AUGCCAUUAGGUGUUUAUGCAGUCGAAUACGUGGGAGCUACUAGCCAGGCGACCGAACAACUUCAGUUAUUUGCAAGUAAUCCUCAUGUUUCGCUUAUCGAUCAGGAAGUUCGUCAACGUGAUGCUGCAAUUCGACGAGUAGAAUCAACUAUCGUUCAACUUGGGGAAAUUUAUCAGCAAUUCUCUAGUUUAGUUCAAGAACAGGGUGAUCUGGUAUUACGAAUAGACAGUCAAACCGAUGAUAUGGAAAUGAAUAUUAGUGAGGCACAUGCACAGUUGCUGGUGUUUAUGCGACGAAUUUCUGCACAAAGAGGAUUUCUUAUUAAGAUGUCUGAAUGUACAGCUGUUAUAGAUCAUAUCGAUAGCAGCAAAAAAGAUGUUAAUGAUGAAAAUAUUCGCUUACCUUCAAAACGUCACUAUCGUCAACGAGCUCACUGUAAUCCUUGGUCAGAUCAUACACUUGAUUAUCCUCUGAAACCAGAAUUAAUGGAUUGGGAAACGUUAUUUGGAGAUUGUCGAAAUUCUUUGUCGCUAGUGAAUACUGGUUCUUUUGAUCCCCUCGUACGUUUUUUGGAUGUAGGUUGUGGAUAUGGUGGACUUUUGUUUAAUUUAUCUACCUCUUAUCCAUUUACGCGGAGUGUUGGAUUAGAAAUACGCUUGAAAGUCUGUGACUUUGUUCAGGAGAAACUCAAUGCUCUGCGUCUGAAACAUCCUGGUCAGUACAACAAUAUAGCUUGUAUUCGUACAAAUGCGAUGAAGUUUUUGCCCAAUUUCUUUCACCAAGCUCAGUUGCACAAAAUAUUCUUCCUCUAUCCAGAUCCCCACUUCAAACGUGUUAAGCAUAAGUGGCGUAUUAUUUCUCCAACCUUGCUGGAUGUUUAUGCAUACCUUUUGAAACCUAGUGGUAAAAUAUAUUCAGCUACUGAUGUUCCUGACCUUGGCAAAUGGAUUAUGGAUUGUUUGUCCGCACAUCCUCUUUUCCGUCCAGUUUGUCUUAUUCAUCUCCGUCCUCAGAACAAAGAUACGAAAAAUUCAAGUGAACUAUUGAAGUUAUCUGCUGACUCAAAUGUAUUUAAAAGCAGUCCUUAUUUUAUCAACGACUCUGAUGUAUUUGAGAAAAUGAAAGAAUCAGACCCAAUCCUAAAGUUAUUGGAACAAGGUUGUACAGAAGAAGCCCACAAGGCCUGCAGAGAAGGACGUGAAACUCUUAUUAUUGUAUAUGAAAGAAUUCCAAAUCCACCUCUGUAA